AUGGCCGCCUUGCGUCUUACAUCGGCACCUUCAGGCGUGCGCGCCGCCGCGGCGUCUCCGCUGACCUCACAGCUCUGGUCCUCCUGCGCAAACCCCACGAGCACUUCGCUGCACACGCCGAACGUCCCGACGCAUCCCUCGACCGCCGUUGCUACCGUCGCUGAGGCAGCCGCGGUGGCAGCGACCGCAACAGCCCCGUCCCCGCCUCCCCCUCCAUUCGUUCUUGCGCGCCAGAGGACGAAGGAGGGCGAGCUCCCGAAGCGCUACUUCAACCCCUCCAACACGGUGCUAGCCGACGGCGGGAAGCCGGGGAAGAAUCCUGGUAACGAAAACAAUGCCAAUCUAGGCAAGACAUUGCGCGUCCUACAAGAACACCUCCCCAAAGUCCUCCAGUCACCCCUCCCCCAGGAGAUCCUCGCACCCAACAUCUCCCUCCACCUGUUUCCGACGACGCAUCCUCACCUACCAACCGUCUCCGGGAGGGUAGCCUAUACAGCCGCUCUUUGGAGCGCCCCGAUCGCCUGGAACAGGCUACCUCUGGUCGGCAAUGUGCGGUUGUCCAUCAUCUCCGAGCGCGUGACGAAGCAUCCUCUCCCCUUUGCGCCCUUGCGCUCGGGAGCUGUGCCGGAGCAGCUCGUCGUCAGGUGGUGCGCCGGUGGGAAGAACGGCUCGGCCACGACGACAACGGCAGGGGGCGCCGCAACGGAAAAGGAUGGCGACAAACCCUUCACGGGGCUGUUCGUGUUCCAGUUCGACUCGGAGGGAAGGAUACUGAGCCAUACCAUCGAGACGGUGCAGGAGAGCGGGGACUGGGAGAAGGGCGUGGGGGCCAAGGUUGUCGGGCUGACGGACUGGCUGCUCGGCGGGAUGCGGAGGGGAAAUGACAGCCCGAGUCCUGCUUGCAAGGGCUGA